ACGCGUGUUGAGUGCUUUCUUCCAGAAUAAAUAAAACGAAGUGUUAGAAAAGAAACGAACUAGCGAAGGGCAGUGCAAUAUUCUUGACUUUGAAGUGCAUGACUCGCACUGGAAGAUGUUCUCAACAGGGAAGUUAGUCAGUUUGUCAUGCUGGAGCCCAAGGAAAGUAUCUAUGUUAUGGAAGUCAUUCCUGUUGGCGUUUGUGCUAAACUGUGAUGUUUCUUUAGACGCAUCAGUGGUUCUUUCUGGGUCUUCUUCCUCUUAUGCAGUGAUGAACGAGUCGUUUACAUUCACUUGUACAAUCACACAGGCAGCUAGUCUUGUGGAUGCAGUGCAAUUCUUUUACACACCAUCAGUUAGUCCAGUUGGUAUUAUUACACAGGAUGGCGGUUCAUGUUCAGUGUUUAGAAUCCAGUCAGGUUACUCUGCAUUCUGUGGGAGUGGAACAAACAGCAGCUCGUCCACCACUAAGAAGUAUAUUUAUAAGAUUAACAGAGCUACAGAACGUGAUGCCACAGACUGGUGGUGUGGACUGAAUACAGCUACAACACUCAGUGAGAAGUUUAGUCUACCAGUUUACAGUGGUCGAAACUCUGUUACAUUCAGUCCUCGCUCACCUGCCACUGUCGGAGGAGGGAACAGUCUGACUGUGACCUGCAAUGCAAACUGUACACCAUCAUGCUCCUUUUCAUGGACACGUGGAAGUCAGAACCUGUCAGCAAGCUCUAAGUUACAACUGACAAAUAUUGCUAAGAACCACGAAGGGGCGUACACAUGUACAGCUAAAAACAUUGUGUCAUCAUACGUUAAAUCUAGUAACUUCACAUUGAUAGUAAAAGAUGAUCCAAAGCGCAUGUCUGCCUUAGGUGCAGGUGCUAUAUCGGGAAUUGUGAUCGCUGUUGUACUGGCUCUUGCUGUUCCUACUGUUUGGAUAAUUUACAAGAGAAACAUUCAAAAGAAACAAAAUGGAGAAGGGAAGAACGAACGUACAACUACAGAAACCCCAAUCUAGCUGACAAGCCUGGCUUCGUCUUUAAUUAGUGUCCGGAUAUGGAAGCCAAAAUGAUGCUAACCCUAGAACCCCAAAGUGUUUUUUUGUUUCGUAUGCAACUAUAUCCUUAACAGGCUCAGAUUAUUUUAAAUUGGUUUGCGUUUCUUUUUUAUUGUUACAUAUUCUGUUACAAUUGUGCGUGUACUACUUUAUAUUGUGUCGUUUCUUUAAAUAAAAUCGUAGCUCGAAUUAGACAGAAGUUCCACUUAGAAGUGCCGAAUUUUACUCUUUUACAUGUAUUUGUGAAAAAUAACUAGUCUGUUUU